AUGGGGUGUCUACAGCAGAACCCCGGGGACAGCCUGCCCACAGCCAGCGUCAUCCUCUGUUUCCACGACGAGGUCUGGUCCACCCUCCUGAGGACUGUGCACAGCAUCCUUGACACAGUGCCCAGGGCCUUUCUGAAGGAGAUCAUCUUGGUGGAUGACCUCAGCCAGCAAGGACAACUCAAGUCUUCUCUCAGCGAAUACGUGGCCAGGCUGGAGGGAGUGAAGUUGCUCAGGAGCAACAAGAGGCUGGGUGCCAUCAGGGCCCGGAUGCUGGGGGCCACCAGGGCCACCGGGGACGUGCUGGUCUUCAUGGAUUCCCACUGUGAGUGCCACCCGGGCUGGCUGGAGCCCCUCCUCAGCAGAAUAGCUGGUGACAGGUAA